AUGGUCGCAAACAAAGGGGUGAAGGGUCGGGAAGAUUUUCUCCGGGCAUCUUUGGUUCUGAGGUUGGUUGGGCGAGGUAUUCCAAUCUGGGAGGACUUUCGAACUUGGGUUCAGAAAAAUUGGGGCGUUUCAUAUUCAAAGCUCCAACCCCUUAGCGAUGGUCUUUGGCUAAUGCCAUGUUCGUCGCGGGCGGAAGUGGACCGGGUUAUGGCUCUUAAUCGAUGGCAAUAUAAGGAGUUUCAGAUUUUGGCUGAUUAUUGGAUCGAAAACGCAGGGAGAUCAGGUGUUAUUCGUUCUCUUGGAGAAGUCUGGGUUCGGAUUGAUGGAAUCCCCCUUCAUCUGCGAUCCGAUGAGCUUCUCGCACAACUUGGAAAUUUUUGUGGAGAGGUCAGAGAAAUUCAAGAUCAGGGAGUCUCUCUGAAUGAAGUCCGAAUCCGUAUUGUUCCCAACGAGGUGAUCCCAGAUGAAAUUCCCCUUUGCUAUGGAUCAUUUGUUUUUCCGGUAAGAGUUGCGGUGGAACCAAUAGGGCCACAUCCGACCAUUGACUCCGGCGAUCGCUUUCUUCAUGGCUGGAAGGGAAAGGGGCGUGGGGUAUACGUACGGAGGAGGAGAGUGGAUGGGGUAGACAUGACUUCAGAUGGCCCACUUAUUGAGAGUAUCAGAUCGAGGACUCAGACGAUUGCGUGUGAAGGGGUGGAUGCUAUGUCUUGUCCGGUUAAUUGCAGGGAGAGAAUAUUUGAGGGGACGGAUAUCAAUGGUGAGGGUACAACGGAUGUUCGUUUGGUUUCUAGUGCUGCUCCGAAUGGUGGUGAUGAUUUGACAGGUGAGGAAUUGAAUGGUCAAGAUAAUAGGGUGUCUUUUGAAGAGGGAGAAGUCAGCAAGGAUUGGGACUCGUUGGUGGGUCAGGAGAUUGAUCAAGUGAGGGUGGGCCAAAGGGUUGCAGUUAAUGGGCUGGCCCAAGAUUCUGCAAUGAAUAAAGAUGGUGAGGGAGCUGAUUUGCUUGGCCAAGUCGUGGCCCUCUCUCAACAGAACUUGAUCUCCAAAACCCAAUUGUUUUUUCAGCUUUGGUGGGCUCUUUGUGCAUGGCCCAUUUCCCUUUUCUUAAAUCCAUGUGCGAGCUGGGAUUUUAGUGGCCCCUUACAAAUUUCAGAGUCAUGGUUUCAGCAGGAUGAGUAUAAUUUGGUUGAAUGUGCAGAUGGUAGAAACUUGGAAGCUGGAAGUUUGCAUAGAUCAGAAGAGCUUGGCAUGUUUCGACUUAGUCGUCUUUUGUCCGACUUUGUUGAUUUAAGGUUUGAGGAUUCAACUGAGUCCUCAGACAGCUCAAGGGAAAAAACUCUUCACGAGGUGCUAUUAAGAAGGAAAAAGCCUCCUUCUCGAUCCCCUCAGGAGAGAGCGCUUCGCCAAUUAGGAGUGGAGAGGACUGAUGUUUCUACUCUUGUGUCAACUAGUCGUCCACGCAGGAAUGGGUAUGCUCCGCUUCGCCUUUCUUUAUGA